AUGACCACUAUUACAUUUGCUGUAGCUACUAUCAAUAUAUGUACUACAAGACAUACUGAAACUCAACAACUAUCGGAAGCUGAUUUGGCUCGAUGGGCAUUAAAAGAUGAAAAAUUAUCACUCGAAAAUUUUCAAAUCAAUUACCCUUUAGUUGCUGAACUUAAUUGUCAUAAUUAUCGAAUUAAAAAUGCUUUUGUCGGUGCUAUUUAUACAGCUUAUUGUGAUCAUUAUCCACUUGAAUUAAGUGUCGAAGACAUUUGGGUUGCUAUUGCACAAGGUGUUGGAAUUCAUCUCAAUCAAAAUGCUGAAAAAUAUCGACAUUUAAUGGUGUCACAUGAAGGACAAAAAGAAUUAAUAUUGAACGUUAACAGUCUUCGAAUACCAGAUUCUGAUCGACCAAAAUAUGGUAAUAAAUCUGUACCUGCUAUUGAUUGGUCAAGAACUGUUCGAUUGAUCUGUGGAUUGAUUAAAGAUGAUAUAAAAACAGAUAUGGCUACACUUUUGACAACUCCUUUUUCGAGUACAACACCAGUUGAACAAGCUGUUUUUGAUUGUACAUUGAUGGAUACUGUCAAAGCUUAUUACAAAUACCGAUGCUGUUUAGAAUGUGGUAUUCCUGAAGUAACAUUACGUGGUUC